CACUGCUGUUGUUUUGUUGGUGGAAAUAUUUCCUCAAGAAAGUGACCAUGACGGAGCAGACUCCGCCUGCCUGGCCUAAAUGGCAAGUAGGAGCUGCUGUUGGUGCUGGUAUAGCAGUAGCUGCGACUGCUGGGUAUUUACUGUACAGAUCUCGGCGUAGCGAUGUGGAUGAUGACACUCCGCAGUCUCCAUCAACGGCAUCGAAAGAUAAUACUUCGUCCGUUGGUGUGAGUGGAUCCACGGCAGAAGAUGUACGUGCCACUGUGGCUGCUGGCGGGCCAGGGCAAAAAGAUGCUAGUGCAUCCUCAGCUGCUACACCCAAAGCUCCGGAGCCGGAGGACUUCCAGAAAUGUAAAUCCGCUGGAAAUGCUCUGUACAGGGAGGGCAACUACACUGCUGCAAUCGAGGCAUACAGGGAGGGGUUGAUGAAGUGUCCAGAAGACCAGAGGGUACAAAGAUCUAUUUUCUACCAAAACAUCGCCGCCACGUAUGAGCGCAUUGCCGAAGGUGCAACAGUCGAGGCGACUCGCACUGAGGCAUGGACCGAGGUGAAGGAUUCCUGCACACAGGCUCUGGCGUUGAACGACAAGUACACGAAAGCGUACACUCGCCGUGCGCGAAGCAACUACAUCCUGACCGACUACAGCGCCGCGUUGGACGAUAUCACUGCUGCCAACCUGCUUGAGACGUCGAGCAACCCGAGCGACCCGCGCCCUUCUGAUCAGGUUAUGCAGCUGGCCACUCGCGUCCUGAAGGAGCUCGGUGAGAAGAAAGCGGUGGAGCUACACGACAAACGGCCGCCGAUCAAGGUGUCGAAGAACUUCAUCCGCACCUACCUGGACUCGUUCUACUUUGACCUGGGCAAGUUCUACGACGUCAGCGACGACCUCAUCGCUGAGUGCCUAGCCGAGUCCGAGCGCGAGCUGGACGUCAUUGCUCUGAGUGCCGACGGUACGGACUUCAGUGGCGACGACAACGAGAAGCUGCCGGUGAGCCGUGACAACAUUGGAUACCGCACUCGUCAUCCUGCUGCCGCUGCGGCUGCUGCCACCACCACUGAGGAAGUGGCGGAGCCAUCGACCGCCUCGAGUGACACACCGGAUGGUGCUGCCGAGGAGAAGACCAACGGCGACGAGUGCACUUCUGCAGAACAGCCCGCAGAAAAUCUCGCCGAAGGCACGGAAACAUCCGAGGAGGCAACGGCAACCGAGGAAGAGUCGACCCCGGCCGCGGAUGCAGCGCCCGAAGCGGACGCAGACAAGGCCGACUCCGAGACCGCAACGACAGAAGCCGUAAAGGAGGUGGCGAAUGGCGAUGGCGAGAAGGCAAACGGUGAGGACGCCGAGACGACGGAGACGGAGAGCACCGAGGCGGAGAAGACCGAGGCAGCGGAACAACCCGAGCCAGAGGAAGGUGAAGUUGUCGAGUCUGAGCCAGCCGCCGAAGAGUCGCAGGAGGCCAGCAGCACAACCGCCGAGGAGGAGGAGGAGAAGAAAGAAGAUACCAAGGAGGAUGCUCUGCGCAUGGAAGGUUCUCGCCUCUACCUGCGUGCCGUGCUCAAGUACAAGAACGGACAGUACCCACUGGCUCAGCAAGCGUGCCGCCGUGCUAUGCUGUUCGCUUCCGACGACGAGGGAUACUUCUCCAAGACCCAGCUCGCUCAGCUGCAUCUCAUUGCUGCUUCCGUCAAUCAGAUGUACUCUCGUUUCGACGACGCCAUGGUCGAUCUUGCCGUUGUGAUCAGCAUGGAUGGUGUUGCUCCCAAUGAGCUCUUGAGCCAUGCCCUCAUCAAGAGAGGCAGCCAGUAUCUUGUUCUCGGCAGGACCGAUGAAGGUCUCCUGGACUUCCAGCGUGCCGGAGCUGCUACUCCAAACAAUGCCGACGUCUUCCACCAUCGCGGCCAGAUGCAUGCGUUGAUGAACCACAUGGCGGAGGCCAUGGCUGACUACCAGGAGGCCGUCAAGCUUGCCCCUGACUGGGCAGCUGCUGCAGUUCAGCAAGCGUAUGCAAUGUACAAAAUGGCCACAAUGACGGGUGAUGGCCGGCUUUUGCAGCAGACCAUGCAAUGCUUUGAGGACAUCCGUAGCAAGUUCCCCGACUAUGCCGAGGGCCUUUACAUGUAUGGACAGGUAUCGGCCGACGCCGGCAACCUGAGCGAGACUGAGCGCCUGUACGCGGCGGCGCGCAAGGCCGACCCGGAGAACGUCUCUGUGCGCGUGCACGAGGCCCUGCUGGUGCUGCAGCGCGAGCACGACUUUGACAAGACCCUGGAGCAGCUGAACGCCGCACUCACCAUCGACCCGUACAGCGACUUUGUCUACGAGACCAUGGCACAGCUGGAGGUGCAGCGGCACAACAUUGACCGCGCCGUCGAGUACUGGGAUCAGGCGCUGCUGCUGGUGCGCACGCGCAUCGAGAUGGUUCACCUCUUCUCCAUCCGCGAGGCCACCAUUGCGCAGGCGAAGAUGUGCAAGCACCUAGGUAUCGACCUCGCCGAAAUCGGCCCCGAGAUGUUCUAAACCGCAAGCCCGGUCCGGCCGCCACCUCGUCGUCAGAUCUGUCCUGUCGCGCUCACCUCAGCGGUGGUGAUGAUGUCGUGCUGAUGUCAUCGGUAGUUACCCACACUCUUGCAGGGACGAGCUACUGUGGAUAACGGAAGUGUGUGAACACCGCCGGCCAUCCGUAAUGACAGGGCGUUGGUGGUGAUGGCUGUCUCUCGGUUGCGACCCCAUCCGCCAAGAUGUGACAGUCUAUUUCUCUAGUUCCGUGUUUUGUGACCUUCCAUGCAGCCUCUUGGCCUGCGAGUACUGUUGCUACUUUGCUUCGUUGCUGCUUUUUCCGGUGGCACUGGAUGCUACUGUUUGGUAACUGUUCCUUCUGUUGUUUCCUAUUGCGUGUGUUAUCCAUCUCCUGCACACACUCACACCGUGCUCGGGCGCGAGUGCUAAAUUUUCGUUGUUGAUAGCGACCACUAGAUUGCUGCCAGCUAGCCCUACACUCGGCCAGUGAGAUCGGAACGCGACGAUGGACCACUGUGUCCGGCAGCCUGUCAGUUCCAUAACCCCGUUUUACCUCUUUUUGUCCUCCCGCCACGGAGUUCACUUCUUAUGUUUUAAUUGUUCAUUAGUAUCGGAAGGCCAGCAGCGGAUGCUCCACCUCCCCCAUGUCCCAUUUCUCUCUCUCUCUCUCUCUCUCUCUCUCUCUCUCUCUCUCUCUCUCUCUCUCUCUCUCUCUCUCUCUCUCUCUCUCUCUCUCUCUCUCUCUCCCUCCACCUCCCUCAUUCGGUUUCGAAGUUUUUCGUUGUUGCGUGCUGUUUCUCAACUAUUUUUUUCUUGUUUGUAGUAUCCUUUGAGUUUUAUUAUUGGAUUUCCUUCUCAUUGUUUGUCAUCUUUCUUCUUCUUCUUUUGUUGUGUAUUUUAAUUAACGGUGCACUACACUUGUCCAAUUACCUGCCGUGCUUCGGAUGCAAUUUUUCCUAGCACCAGGUUUUAACUUUAGCCUUCCUGGA